UGCUUGUAUCAUCAAUUCUAAGUUAUCUUGAAAGGAGCGGAUUUUAGAGAAGGAUUUGCAAAAGGACCUUCGACUAAUCCUUUUGCUAUUAGCUUAUAAGCUGCUUCGGUCAUGUGGUUUUCAUCCCAAUUUAUUAGUUUAGAAGGUUCAGCGCAAACGGUUGUACCCGGUUCACUACAAAAUUUCUCAUCAACAUGGUAUGGACCACUUCCUCCACAACAUGCUUUCAUAAUCUCGACCUUAUCAGAAGCAAAGCCUGCAUCAUUAAUGUAGAUAAAAUAGAUUGGCUUCUUAAAAAAUGGACAAUCACUAAAAGUGUUGUUAGCAUUCCUUAAUGUAUGGACAAAUCCCUCUUAUUUUUAUACUUUAUGACGGGUUAAAUCUGUUCUUCAUCUCGUUGUUUACAUAAUGAGAUGGCAAUAGUAGAGCAACAAAAGGCUGAUGAACAAAUGAUGCAUUUGGCCGAAGAACACAAGAAAGAAAAGGAGAAACUUCACAUGAAAAUUCAUGACCUGGAGAGAGAACUUGAUGCAAAACAUGGAUUGGAAUUGGAAAUUGAACAGCUGAGAGGAGCUCUCCAAGUAAUGAAGCACACUGGAGAGACUGAUCUGGAAGAGAAGGAAAAACUGAAGGCAAUCAAAAUGCAUCUGCAAGAAAAGGAAGAGGAAUUGGAAAUCGUGGAAGAUCUUAAACAAAUGCUGGUUAUUUGGGUGCGCAAAAUUAAUGACGAGUUGCAAGAUGCCCGCAAAAAGUUAAUAAGUGUAUGUAUCUUUCUCAAAAUAUAAAUCUAAAUAUUAUGAUGUUACUAUAUCUUUUUGCCAUCAACUCAUCCAAUGGUC